AUGAGAGUCUUCAUUCCUGUGACCGAUUUUAAGGCGAGCCAGGCCAGGCUUUACGUCGGCUACAAGUCCACGGCGGGCCAUCUUUACCCGCGCAUCGUCAAGAACGUGUGCGUCUUCUUCUAUCCUGAAUUCUGGCAGGAUGUAGACGAUCACGAAAGCCUACCUUUCACAACCCGACGAACUCAGAUUUGCAAUGUCUGCAAAUACCACGCGGCCAUUAACAAGGGCAACUCACCACGAACUGGGGCACCCAUCACCGAAGACCAGAUGCAGAGGAUCGCCAACCGCCACCCGCUUGCCGUCCCAAAAGCUGACACUCUCUCGACUUUGUUGUCGAUGGAGUUCGAUUUGCUCGACCGGACGAACAACCAAGAUUACCUGAAUGGUAUCUUGGACCUCUUACAAAAGGGCGAUCCGGAUGCCGUCUACGGCGCGAACCCUGCGACCGGCGCACUCUACUCCUUCAUGAACUUCGACGAACCCACCACUCGCGAGACUUGUGUCGAGCUGGCCGGCCAGCUCAAGGCUACCUCGGCGAAGUAUCCCAACCUCGAUCCGGACCUCGUCCAGUUCAUCCAUGGCCGCCUUUGCACCGACGACAGUGGUGUGGCGGACAUGGAAACGGCCGACAAGCCCAAGCUAGGACACCGACUCGCACAACAUUGCGUGGCAUUCUUCCUCCGCCUCCUCCACCGUAACAUCCCGACCUGGCCAGAGGCUGCCCCGGAUUUCAUCGAGCGUGAAGUAUACAUCGCACUUGCUGCAGCCGAGGAAUACGGUCUACAGAUAGAAGCUCCUUGCGUCAUGUCCGGCAACGCCGACGACAAGGCCAAGGUUAUCAAUUGCCUGCGGUUGGUCCGCAGGUGCUGCCAGUCGCUGGACGACUACGGGAAGAAAUGCCUACAGGCCGUCGCAGAGCACCACGGGGGUCUACUGAAGCACGCCUCAAUCGAAGACAUCAUGAAUAAGUUCGGUAAUUGCGUCGACAUAGCGAGUGCUCAGCAGCUCAUGAAGCAGCUCGGCGCUCUACACGCUGCCCUAUUCGCCUCGCAGACCAAAGUGGUGACCGACAUGGCGAAGAAGCUAGACAAUUACGUGGUGGAGGUCAUGAAGUCUCUCUCCAUGGAGUGA